GGAAAUUUUGACAUUGUGGCUCAAAUUAGCAGGCUCGAAGUAAGAUCGGCGAUCCCGCACCAGGAUCUCGGCGUCCGUGCUGCGGCACGAGUGAGUGUUAGCUAGCGUCGCAGAGCCAGCAGCACCGAUUGCUAGGAAUGCGGACGGGAACGAAUGGGCCGUGACAGCAGGUGAGCCCGUGUACCGGUGGUGUACGCGACCCUCGCCGGCAGCGCUGCCAAUACCAGUAAUAACAUGUCCCUCAACCCAUCAAAGGACAAGUCGCUCUUUACAUUUCGGGCUGAGCGUAUUCAGCCUGCAAACGCACCUGGCAAUGAUACUGGGACUGGUAUCGGUGACCAGACGGAAGCAGCUAGCGGCGAAGCUGAUGCGGUGUUCGCAAAUUCUCCAUCUCCUCGCAUACGUCGCCAUGGGGUAGCGUUCGCAAAGCAGGACGUGUCUCCGGUGGUUCUAUCCGAUGCCACAGGGAGAGGCCAAGCCGUAAUCUAUGGGCAGAGCAACAAGCGUUUACCGAUGCUGGCCGACACCCGCAUGCCGUCAGUGACACCGGACACCGGUCGUGAGAGACCUGAGGGGUUGCCUUUGCAGUCACCGGCUCAGGCUGCACUGGCCUCGUCUUCAAGUAAAUCCAUAUCGUCAUCACGCGGUCCCAUUGUACAGGAUGCUCCUCUGGAUGCCAGAACAGGACGGGUGCUCGCCUCGGUGCAGUCUGGAGAUGUGCCAACGAAACAGAGCCUGCCUGGACAGGUCUCCAGCACCAGCCUCAUGCGAUUCUCGUCGUCGUCAUCGUCACCAGCAUCCCCGGCAAGGGCGUCUGCCAUGCAAGAUAGAGAGAGGCGACGCUCGCAUUUGCAAAGCUGGAAGUCCGAUUCGGCCGAUCAUCUGAUCGUACCGCCAACGCUGAAGCAUGGUCCCAGUGCGGGUACGAAGGACAGCGUUACAUCAGACGCGAGUGGACGCACAUUGGCACCACUGGCAGAGCAUCCACGCGGCCACUUGUCCUUUAGUCUUAGCGAAGAGGAUGAGACGAUGCCAACAGCCGAGCUGGAUACAAAGAGCAUAAAGUCGCGGCAGACUAGCAAGUCUACACUGCAAGUACCCAGAGUGGUGGUGAACUCCAUACCGGCGCAUACGGCUCUUGGCGAAGAGCUGUUUAGCCGCAACACUGACGCCCAGCGAGACGAGGAGGAGAUCAAGAAGGCGUCGUGUUACAUCGAGGACGCGCUGGAAGGACGGUAUAAACAUGGCAAAGGAAAUCUAUUAUCGCAGCCACCAUGGAAGAAGAAGUGCUUUGACGUGCAAACCAGUUUUGCAUGGGCCGGCUUCAUAUACAUCACAAACUGCAUAUUCAUCGGACUGCUGAUCGUUGAGCCACCUAGCAUGUGCUCCACUCCACUGUGGGUACACGGCUUGAUGGAGAUUAUGUGCUUGAUGAUAAUCUGUAUCGACAUAGGCCUGAAAGUGGCGUACAUGGGCAAGACUGGGUAUUUAUCUAAGAAAUGGCACAAAUUAUCGUGUAUUUUGAUCUUCCUCUACUUUGCUGACCUGGUUGUGUUCUUGUCUCUGCAACGACCCUGCACAAGUAUUAUUCGCUUCGCACGACCACUACGUCCAUGGCUGCUGCUGGCACGUAAUCGCCGGCUGCGGCGUGUUGUUGACACGACGGUGCGCAUGGCACUGCCACUGUUACGCAUAUUCUUUGCCAUGGCCGUCUUCAUCGGCGUGUUUGCCUGGAUAGGUGUGCAUCUUUAUCGCGAUGUCUACCAUGACAAGUACAUCCCAACAGAGACAUGUCAACUGGAGACAUGUACGAAUGGAUCCAAUCCAAUGGUCAAUAUGUCAUACCUCAACUCCAGCAGAGCAAACGCCUCUGCAGCUGGAGAGUUUCGUUCGCACAGUUUGUUCGCGCACACUUUCGACAACCCGCUGAACGCCUCUCUCCAUCUAUUCGUGCUGCUAACAUCGGAAAACUAUCCCUACAUCAUGGAACCUGCUCUGAAUGCACACAGAGGGAACUUUGCCUACUUCAUCAUCUACUUCGUCAGCUGCAUCCAGAUCACGGCUUUGAAUCUUGCCGUCAUUGUGCAGUUCUGGAUAGCACGCCUGACUUCAAUCGGACGCGCCGAGAAAAAGAAGCAAAGAUUGGGACUGGCCAAGGCGUUCAUGCAGCUUGAUCCGAAAGGAAAUGGUUACAUAACAGAGGAUAGAUGGUGUAAAGUUGUCCAUCAUCUACGCAGUGACAUGGACCGACUCAAGGCGAAAUUUGUAUUCGACCUGCUGGACUUUGAGCAGAAGGGCUGUUUGGAUGUGCUGGACUUUCUCAACAUCUCCGAGCUCUUCAACAUCAACAUCAAACAACUUGACUUGGAGGAGAUUCAGACACCAAUUCCAUACUGGAAAGCCACACUUCGGAGCUUCCUGUACGCGCCGCUGUUCAAAGCGGGCACGCGUCGCUUCUACCUGAACAACUUUCUGCUGACUUUGGUCGUCAUCCAUUCACUGCUGAUGAGCAUCUUCUUCCGGGGCAUGUCGACGUCACUGCAGGACAACCUACGCAUCGCCUGUACUGUCAUCACCGCGAUAUUUGUACUCGAGAUCAUUGUUAAGCUUGUUGCUGGCGGCGAACACCGGAUGGUGAUUGCUGGAAAUGCUGCACUCGUCGUGACAGCCACAGUCAGCAUGGCCAUAUACUGGGCAAUCGGUCCAGUCAGAAACGACAAAGCAGAUCUAAUCUGGGGCUUGGCGGUCGGCUUCCGUGCUUUCGGCUUGUCACGGAAUCUCCAGUUCAUACUCGUCUAUUUCGCCAGAGUCAGUCGAGUCACAUUCUGGCAAGUUGCAGUGACGGCAGGUUUCCUCUAUACGAUUGCUGACAUUGGCAUGCAGACCCUAGUGCGGAGAGAUGGCAUGUCAGGCACUACACUCGGCAAUGUCACGGGAAUGUCCUGUGCAGAGCGGUUGCUUGUUGUUCCCGAGGAUCAGCGUGGCUUUGACCGGGAACCUUACAACUGUGCACUGGGAUUCGACAAUAUCUACUGUGCCACGCAAACCGUGAUGUUGAUUAUGUCCACCAACGACUGGCAUGUGUUGAUGUUUGAUGCAGGCGAGGUUGUUGGCCAAUGGGUCUACGCUUACUACACAGCAACGUAUGUUAUCAUUCACUUCGUCUUCAUCAACUUGCUGGUGGCCAUAGCCAUUGAGAUGUUCCUUCUUGCCAUCAAGACGAAGUUCUUUUCAACUGUGGAAUCACGGCUGGUCGAGACACACGUUGCAAACUUUGAAGUAAUGGCUGAAGGGUCACACAGGGUGCUAAACUCUGUGAGGAAACGAAGCAGCAGCAUAGUCCGCGGCCAUGUGCAGCCUGACAGCAUACAUGCGGAAACGACGCCAAUCCACUCCUCUCUCGACCUGGACGACUAUGCCGAGGCUCGGCAGCGUACCGUGGUACUGCAGGUCAGCAAGAAGAACAACUCGCUGGUGGAGGAAUUCAAGUCAUUUGUCGAUAGCGAAGAUCUGGAUGAGGAUGAACUGAACUCCAUUCAAGCACUGUACAACACCAUGAUGAAAAAGAAAAAGGAUAAGACGUCAAUUGCACAGGGUUGCUUCGAUGCUGUCGCGCUGCAGCGUGAGAAGAACCUGGCACGAGCUCGCCUGGAGCGGCCUGAUCUCCUAAUCUACGCACUGGCAUCGAUUCGAGGCAGAGGAGAUGUGGUGAAGGCAAGCGGCUGUUUAGUGCUGGAAGUGGACGGUCAUGCUAACGUUGCCUCGUUUAGCUGCACUGUCAAAGGCUUGACCGACUACGUGACAGAUUCGUUCAUCCACACCAGCGACGAGACAACCCCUAUGUUCAUUCUACCGGAGUUCCAGUACGAUCAUGAGCGCUGCAUCUACAGCAGUCAUGGAGUCUGGAAGCUCAAACAUAUCGACCGGGCCAUGUUGCUGAGUGAACGUAGCAUAGUGACACUGUGCACUCAGAGGUAUCCACAGGGCGAGUGUGGUGGCCUUAUCAAGGUCGAGGAGGAGAUCACGCAGUGGCAGGAGAAGAAAGCAGAGCUCAAAGCCAAGUGUGAACAGUUCUCAAAGAUAUCUCCAAUUCUCACAAUGUAUGCACACCGCGUGGAGAAGCGCACGCUAGAGGACACGCUGAUGAAUCGGCAGGAUGCCACGCUGGCAGAGCGGGGGGAGGCCGACACGCCGUACGCUGGCUCCUCGACUGCCAGGACUGAAGGUGAUGGGCAGUCGUCACCAUCAAUGACUAGCUUGCUGACGGAGUGGAAGACAAGCACUCAGAGCAUAGCUGAAGAAACAGAGGACGAAGAAGAUGCCAGUUGUAUUGUUCUACAGGCCAUCUCCACCCUCGAUGAGCCCGAUACUGAAAAUCCUCCCCUGCCACCGGUUGCUGAAGCAUCCCAAGAGGAAAUGCACAAGCCAAGCCCUGAGCAAAUGUCUCAGCUGAGGAAAAUUGCCGCUGCUGCAGCUGCUGCCGCUACUCCGCGCCGCAAGACCAUCUCAACCAGCAGCUCUAGCCAUCCAAAGUCAACAUCAUUCUCCGUCAGCUUUCCUGGAGGGGCCAGGAGCAAAUCGUUCAAGUUUCUUCGCCGCCAGGUGCACUCCGAGACUUCUGUCCGGGAGCGGGUAAAGACGGCCGGGAAUUCCUCUCCCUUGGCACAAGGGACAAAGGGAAAGUCCCAAGCUCGCACGCGCACAGCCUCGCGCUUUGGCAUCAUAGAGAAUCUGGUCAACAUUGAACACAAGCGCCGUCUCGUCUCCCAUGGCUCCUUGUUCGUCAGUCAAGAUGUGCAGAAUAUCGAGAGGAUGGCCUCGAUAAGGCGCAAAUCCAAUAGUACCAAUGCAAGAUCAGAAGCACGGAGGAAAUGGCAGCGGCUGGCACAGCUGCGUGGAAACAAGGUCGGCAUAGCACCCACCACUCAACAGCAGCGGAUUGUCAACGAAGAGAUCCAGAAGCCAGAGGACAAGGGCGAAGUUGUGCCAAAACCAACGCUGCAGCGAACUACAUCAGUGGCCUCGAAGAUGAUCCGCACCCUGUCCACGUCGCUGCACCCCAAAGCCAGUACAGUUUCGGCCGCCAGCAUGCGGCAACAGUUACGACGCAACUCCAUUACGGAUCGGCCCAUGUCGGCCAAGAAAAGCAUGGGAACGCACAGCGCCAUACUCAACCCCGACCCGGUGGAACACGCGGAGACGAAAGGCACGGCCAAGCGGCCAAAGACGGCCGGCCAAGCCAGGUCGAAACGCGACAGCCUGCUGAAGGUAGAAGACCAGAUGACGUCUGUUUCGGACUCGCAGCUCCAUGCCACGGAAGAUUCAGACACGGUGUGCCUGCUGCCCAAAACCAAACCCGCUAAACAGCAGGCCAAUGCUGAUCAAACUGUUACUGAUCACGAAUCAACUGUUUAGUCAUUACAAUUUUAAAGCCACAGCCUUCCCAUACUAAAGGACUUGAUAGUACAAGACUCAGAUCAGGCUGUACUUUCUUACUGCGGCUCUGCACACUGUGGUGACUACCAACCUGUCCACAUUGGUGGUACUCACUAAUCACAGGCAAGACUUCAUUCUAGACUGCUUGGCACGGCACGAAGCAAGAACGACAUUACCGCGUGGAGUGCAUGUACAUGUAGGCGGUGAUAUUAGCUCUCCGAUACACUUCCCGUAAAGGCUGAAUUAUCUGGAUCUAUUACAUCAAUCUGCUCUAUGCUUGUUGUAUUCAUGACUGCACCUGUAAUUGUCACACGUGUACAUGCAUUCAUGUACAUGCUGAUGCAUUAGCUCUUGAGAGAACAUACUGGUCAUAACAGUUACUACAAAUGAUAUCAUCUAAAGAGGGACAACAGCGUCUUGGUAUUUUAUUUUUAUUCUUGAAUACUCUUGAACCCUUAGAAUUAUCAUCUGGAAUAAGGUGGUUGCAUUUUCACAUGGCUUUCAUUCGGAUUACACAAAAGCAACUAAAACCAUUGUUAUUAGGCUAGGGCCUGUUUUGGACUUCCCACUCUAAAUAAAGAAUACAAACAACAAACAAAUAACUCCGUCCUCGACCGCUACCAACUUUAUGAGUUUAUCGGACUUUAUCCUGCCCAGUAUUCAUUUUCAAUUUUAUGGGACCAGUAGCUGUGUGUACGAGCACUUCAAAAUUAUGCCAUGUACCAUUGUA